AUGAUACGUUUUCUCGCCAUCAGUGAUCCCGCCUACUUCAAUGAGUUCUCCAAAUUGCCUUCGGCCCUCGUGACCACUACGGACGCCCUGGAGAAUGGGGACGAGCAAAAAUGGUUCGACUGGGACGGUUUUCACACCGCGAUUAACGGCUACAAAGGCGACGACCUUACAUUCGACAAGUUCAAGAGCAACAAGAUAAACCAGUCGACUGCGACUGUAUCCACCAUGGUCGACAAGAUUGUCACCUUCAUGCGCGACGCGCUGAGCGUGGUGCUCCUGGAUAAAGAUGUCACCGCACUGAAGGCUAAUAUCGAGGCGACGUUCACGAACCUCAAGGAGGCAAAAGACAAAGGUUGGGCUGACUUCUCCAAAUCGAGCUCUGCGGAGAACUCGUCCUGGGAGUACCGCGUCCUGUUCGCCUUCCCGAACCCGGACCUGGAGGACUUCUUCUACAGCUUGGUGACGACCAUCAAGCUCGAGGCAGACAUAACCGAGGAGUCGAGUUGGUGGGGAUUGACGAGCAGCACCUCGAGGAACUUCUCCAGCGCGAUUGAUGCCAUGGAGCUCGUCGUCAUGAAGGGCUUCAGGGACCCGUCAGAAUAA